CGAGCUUCAUUGUGUCGCGGUCGGAGUGUACCGUAUACACAGACUGUAGCAGUGUUAUACAUCGACGUCAGUGUUCGCGCGGAACUCAGCGCGGGUGGACGUACGGUCAUGCGAGAAGCGGCUACGGGCAGGAUGGCCGAACUCGAGUUCGAAGCGCCGCUCGCGCAAAUCGAAGACGCCGACGACUGUCUGUCCACGGCGGACUACCCGCAUAAAACUAUCAACGGCAACGACAUCCACAUAAACAACAUCAAAAACUUAAGUGAAAUUAUCAAAAUGAAAACCGACUCCAACAAAAUAAACGAUAACGACGAACCUAAACCGGUGAAGUGCAAAGACAAUAUGCAAAACGGGGAAGGUGACAAUUUCACGGAGACUUUCUCAGGGUCCCUUGAAGACCUGGUGAAUACGUUUGAUGAGAAGAUCACAAAGUGCUUCGGGAACUAUGAGGAGAGCGUCGAGAAACUAGCGCCGGUGCAAGUUCGCUCGCAAGAAGAAAUAAUGAACGAAUGCCAAAUGUGGUGGACAAUCACGGGCAACUUCGGCAACAUCCUGCCCAUAGACUGGACCAAGUCGUUUUCGAGGAAGAUGCACAUUCCCACCUUAAAUUUAAGUGACAAAAAGGGCUCAAUGACCCCAGACGACGAGAUCCACAGCUCAGAAGACGAGGCCGUGGCCUCUGACCUGGACAUGCACGCGCUCAUCCUGGGAGGCCUACACCAGGACCACGAGUGUCCCGUCAAGACUGCCGAUGAAGUGAUACAAGAAAUUGACGACAUGAUGCAGGAGACUCCAUCUUCUGAAGGCGACGUCCUGGAGUACAAUGAGGCGCUGGAGAAAGGGAAGGAAGUCCUCAACUCACCUCUUUAUGAAGACAAACUUCGACAGCUCUCCCUAACCCAGCUGAACGAGACCUACAUGGAGCUCGAAGUCCUAAUCAGAGAGUUCUCCGAGACCCUCAUCGCGGAACUGGCUCUCCGUGACGAGCUGGAGUAUGAGAAGGAGCUCAAGAACACCUUCAUCUCGCUGCUGUUGGCCGUGCAGAAUAAGAGGCGGCAGUAUCAUACUGAGAAGAAGAAGCGAGGGUCGCCGAACCUUAACAAUUCUGGCUCAGAGUCAAAGUACUUGACCACCGUGAUACCGUUCCAUCUCGACAACGGCCCGCCCGACAACCAGACGCUGCAAGUUCUCAUUAAAAUUCUAAAGGCUAUCAACGAAGACAGCCCCACCGUGCCGACGCUACUAACGGACUACAUACUCAAAGUUCUCUGUCCGACCUAAGACCUAAGCCAUAGAGUCUAGCUAAUUCUUCCACCUUCAUCCGAUUCUGCACACAUCGACACCUAUUUUACCUUGCGUUAAGAUUAUUGCAGGUGGCGCUGCACCUUGGAGAAAAUUAUAUAAGGGCCCAUUUAGACGAUGAGAGAACUCGCAUGCGAGUUUCAUUACAUUGCGGUUUUUAAUCGGUCGGUUGAAUUGGACAUAAACGUUAACAGUCCGCAAUGUAAUUAAAAUCGCAUACGAGUUCGCACGCCGUCUAAAUCAGCCCUAAGAUACCGAUACUUUUGGAGCGAAACAUGUAGGUUAAAUACCUAAGCAACUUUAUUAUGGGACUAAACAUGAAUUUGCCUUCGAGAGAUAAUCAGUUGACAGUGCUGCUAUGCGUUCCACUUAUUAAAUCGCUCGUCCCAUACGAAGAAAUCAAUUAUUAUGUCCUACAACAUUAGUUCCAGAGGAAUUGGUACCUUGGGUUAUAAUCCUUAUAAUUUGGCAUCAAAAAUUCGUAUCAUGAUCAACUUUUGAAUAGCUCAACAAAAAUAUACUCAUGUUUUAAAAUAUUGACUGAUAUUUUCAAUAAGAGUCUUGUGUUGCAUAAGAUUGGCUUCAACGAGGAUUCUCUUUAUGACAACUUUAAAGUACGUAAAUUGAAAGUAGAAAGUAACUAUUUGCAAAUGGGCUAAACAAAAAAGGUGAUCUAAAUACAUAUUUUCAAUUUAAAUUCUCGCGCCAUCUAAGACAGCAUAUCUAAGAUUUGCGGUGGCUUGUAUUUAAUCUAAAUAAAAAAAAAUAGGAAAUUCUAGUCUAAGGGUCCGAGUUCUGAAAUAAGCAUUUUAUUUUUCUGUGAACGCAUAUUACGACCCUAAAUAUUUUUUCCAAUUAUCUUUAUCAGCCAACACUGUCUUGAUAUCAAACAUUUAUACGAUUAAAUGGCAAGUCUUGAUUAUUAUUUACAAUAUAACUCAUUGAUAUUCUAGGUAGGUUCAAUGAAACUUCACUGCUCUUUUGGAUAAUUUUCUAAACAGGAAAUUUACUGUGGAUUUCCUUUAUAAGUGCAACAAAAAUCUAAAUAAGGAAAUCCACAUUCACGCGAGUUAGUAACGAUUGAAUGAAUCGGUUUAGCCGGAAUUGUCGGAACUAAAAUUUGACACAUCUAAUUGUUAGAUGUGGUUGGAUUGCGGGGGUCUGUUGCUUCUAAAAUAGCGCUUUCUGUAUAAUUGCAGUUGAUUAUACUGCUGUAGGAAGACUAUCCACAUUUUUAUAAAGUUUUGUCCUCGAUUGGAUGAAACGAUCUUGGGCAACGUUAGUGAACCAAAUUUUCGUAUAAAUGAAUUUGCCAUUACACUUUUUAAUAAUACAACACUUGAAUGCUAAUUAUAAAUGUAUUCUGUUAACAACCAAAACUCCACAGUACGAGUAAAUAGUGACUUAAAACAAAUAUUUCGGUAUGGAAUUGCAUACAAGGCUUCAAAAACUUAACCAGUGAUGAAGCGUUCCUAGAACUCGAUUCUUACCGGCUUGCCUAAUUUAAUAGAAUUGAGCACCUUUUUAUAACUCUUAAAAUGGGUCUUAUACCAAAUUGGCUUGCCCAUAACGUGAAUAUGUUUGAUACUUUGCCACUGGCAGUGAUAUAUACCUAUGCAACUGAGUUUUGGUUGUCAACUAACGAAUAAUUUUACACAUAUUUGAGUUAAUAUUAUAAUUACAUUAUUUGCAUAAAAGAACUGUGAUAUCGUAUGGUAGUUGAUUAAUUAAUGCUUCCUUCUAGGUUUACUUUCAAGUUAUUUUUCUUAAGUGCUAGUUUAUAAAUAUUUAUUUUAGCAAUCGCGCUAUUUUAUCUCUGGCAGAAUGAAUUUCAAAUAUUGUAAAUAUCGAACAAAAUGUACUGAAACUGGAAUUGUCUCUACAUGUUUAUGGGAUUCGCGUGGCAAAUUAUUUUGGCUGUGCUUGUCACUGUUGUCAUGAUGUUUUAUGUAAUUUAUUUCGCUUUGUGCGUUUCAUCGAAAUAAUUCGCCGCCGUGUUUCCCAAUUUUAGAUAAGAAAAUGCUUCGGGAUAAAUAAGUGCUCGCAAAACGAUACACUAUGUAUGUAUGUAUAUAUUCAUUAUUUUAUGUAUAAUAUAUCGCGACAAAAUUGAUCAGGAAAACAGGACUUGAUCAUGAAAAACAGUAGGGUGUAUUCGGGUAAUUCCGAAAAUCAGAUGAAAAUCACCCAAAAUUCCAUCGUAAUAAGAGUUUCGGAAUUAUUCGACCGUUUUCGACAUUCGGCAUUACCCGAAUAUACCUUAUCUAUAAAAUAGCCUUAUGGCACUCCUAUUCAUAUUUUCAUUUAGAUAAUGAAUUAUGGCACGAGGUCUAGACCAAUCGGCUUUUAAGAAGUUUUUUUUUACUUUUCAUCGCUCUCUUUUAUGAUACCGCAAACAAAUCAAAUCACAGCUUGAUUUUUAUAAGUAAGUAUUCUGUGGAAUUUAAGGAUGAUUCUCGCUACACUGCACUAUGCAUGUCGACCGAUACUUGGUUAAAACAAUUCCUCAUACUGCGAAAAUCAAACAUCGGAAAUUCGUUAUCUGCCUCUCUGUAGCUCGAAUUUACACAAGUGAUAGAGAGGUAGGUAGAGACAACGAAAUUCCGAUUUUAGAUUUUCACGGUAUAAACGAUUGGAAUAUUAAACGUGGGACACAUACUAUCCGCUAAGGGCUGAUUUAAACGAUGCGAGAACUCGCAUGCGAGUUUCAUACCAUUGCGGGUUUUGAUCGGUUGGUUGAAUUGGAUGUAACCAACAGUCCGCAAUGUAACUAAAAUCGCAUGCGAGUUCGCGCGCCGCCUAAAUCAGAACUAAUUGUCGGUUUACGGAAGGGGCUCGGAUAGAUCGGAGCGGCCGAAGUGUUCAAAUAUAUCUGAACACGCAUUCUAACGCCUUGACGAUAGAGUUGAGUCGAGUUCAGAUAUUUGUGAGCAACUCGGCCGCUUCGAUAUAUCUGAUGGCGACUGUAGUGUGUCUAGCGUGAGUCAUCCUAAUUAAUGGAUAAAAAUUACUUUACAUUACACUAACGUUUUCUAAAACACCAGCAGUAAAAAGGUUUUAUAGCUGAAGCAGCUUGUAAAUAUAUCAUCGUGUCAGCCUCUUUUUAUUGGCAUUCUGAUUAUUUUAUUUUAAACAUCGAAUUAUUGUUUCGAGGGCAGUCUAUAGGAAAAGUAGCUUUUGUAGUGUAUUUAGUCAUAACAAUUGAAUCUGUCAUUGUUCUUUUUAUAAUGUAGCACUAAUCUGAAACACUAUGAUAUAGUUUAGUUGUUAAACGUUGUAUAAGUUAUAUUUAUAAUUAUCUAGUCUCAACAUUUCAUAGUUAUAGAAUAAUUUGUUAUAAAUAACAUAAACUAAAAAAAUAAUUUGUUAUCAAAUAAGUGUCAUCAAAUUCAUGGUAUAAAUAAAAAUAUAUUCGACAAUUUAAUUGCAUGAUAUGUGUGAAGUUAUUGUUGUGAUUCUAAAAUUUUAAAUAAAUUUUAUUUGUUUUUGUGUCUUAUAUAAUCACUAAUUAAUUCGUUAUCGACGUUAUCAGUGAUUAAUAUAAGCAUACAUUAUCAGAUUAUCAACUAGCUAGAUCAACUAUCAGAAAAGCGUAAUCGAUUUUAAACUAGCCGAAGGCACUAAAAUUGUUAAUAUUCUACCUGUGUAGCGAAGUAAUAUCAAUUUUAUUGCAACUGGCUAUCCGAAAGUGCAAACGUUUAUAUUGAUACUACGCGAGUUUUUCUACUAAAAUGAUAAAAAUAACUUUAUUAGGUCAUGAGAACUUAUAUUCGGUUCGCAAAAUAUAUGAACGCUUAAAUCGCACAUUUUGAAUUAUACUAACGUAGAAACACUUACUGAUUGUUGUGCAAAAAAUGUAUAAAUGUCUAUGAAACUCAAGGGACUGGGGAAGAUACCUAACAGGUAUAGAAAGGUUAUAGAUGGUGCCUUCUACGGAGGUGACCGGCGCACCGUCGUGGAUGGCACCUACUAUAUUGUAAAGUAUAUUUUAUGCGGUUAGACGUAACGUAACUAAUUAAGAAAUGCACCUUGUGUCGUAAGGAUAAGAGUGGGAUUGAGUGGUCGUGGCUUGCCUGACGGCCUGUUGGUUUGGUAUACCUGGUCGAAAUAAAGGAGCUUGAAUGAUAUCACA